UUAGACAGAACUUUCAAAUUAACGCCAAGCAAUUUCUUUCCUGAAAGAAAAGUUCAAGCUAUUAUACGUGAAGUCUUGAAAAAACACCUACAAAAUGUCGUCUACAAUAGUGAUAAAUGUGCUACACUAUCUAAAUUAAUUAGCGAUGAGAUUAAGCAACGAGUUAAAAAUUUAAACUUAGAUCGAUUUAAAAUCAUAGCUGUGGUCCAUCUUGGCUCUGAUGGUAGUCAGUCGUUAAAUAUUGGUAGUCGGUGUGUUUGGAAUACCCAAUUCGAUAAUUUUGCAUCUUCUACUUUCCAAAGUAAUACCUUAUUUGCUGUUGCUGCGGUUUAUGCUGUCUAUUUUGAGUAA